AUGAUACCGCCCUGCCCUUUUGUUGGGCUGGUCUUCAUCAAGCGGAAGAAGGGCGACAUGCGAAGCCUUCUGCGAAACGAGUCCGGGUUCGCCGGGCAGCUCAAGCAUCUCACCGGGCCGAAGCUGCGAUACGAGGUCUUCGACGGCAGCGCUAAGCCGAAGGGCACUGCGCAGCUCUUUGCCAGUGCGCGCGUCGUUGUGGGAGCCCAUGGCGGUGCGUUGGCCAACAUCAUCUUCUGCCCCGAGGACGCGGCGAUCUUUGAGCUGGGCUUUCAGUCGCCCUUUGCGGGCCACUACCGCUUCCUGGCGAAGAUGUUCAACUUGCGGAUGACAUUGCUGCCACUCGUGCCGGACAGCCGCGGCAUUGCAAGCCAGGAGAUCGCCUUGGAAAGCAUGGAGGCAGCCCUUGAGGCUGUUCGCGCCGCUGUUGCAGAGUUCAUGUCCCACACAGAGCUCUGA